CACUAACAGUAUAAAAACAGACGGAGCGAGACACAGCGCCACAUCAGAGCUGCACCUGAAGGACCAGGACUUCCAGGACCAGAACCUCAAGAGUAGCAUCAGCUGCCCCAGACCUCCAGGACCUCCAGACGAGUCAUGAAGCUGCUCCUCCUGCUGGCAGUUGCUGCCAGCCAGAUGGAGCUCUCUGCCUCUCAGAGAGGUACUCUGAAUGCUCCUGGUGGAAACAUCAACAUCAGCGACGUUCCCAUCACUUUCUAUGGAAAAACCUACACAUUGUUACACGUGAAGAUCGGCAAUAAGGUUGAAGUUUGUUUAAAAAAUGACCCAUCUGAGGACGACAUUGACUGUGUGGUGACCAGCGACGGGGUGGUUUCAACCAAACUGAAGUACUCUGUACAAAAGAAAUCAUUUUCUGCUCGCUCUGAUCUUGUUAACAUCAACACCCAGGGACUGGGUAAAGUUGAUCUCACGUUCUACAAUGUUCAAAGAUUGAAUGUGAUGGAGUUGUCAUUCCUCAAUCAUGGUUUACAAGCUGCUUGCUUUACAUAUCAUCCUGCUGGCCUUCCGUUUUCUUCUAGUUUAGAACUGUCUACAACAGUCGGUGGCACAGUGAUGGAUACCUGGAAGACUCGUGUACAACGAUUUAUUUUUCGAGACCUGAGUGGAUGCAGAGUCUCAGGUGGCGCUGUAAUGCCGGGUUCAGAGAUGCCCAGCGCAGAGCCCUGCUCUGUUGAACUGUGUUCUCUGUCUGCAGUCCUCGCUAAUGUCACAGCAUGUGGGCCCGAGGAGGUUUGCCAAGCGGACAACAC